UAUCUUUGGAAGAGCCAAGCGUCAUCCUCGUACCGCCCGUGUGAGCAGAGCCGUGAGGAGUUUGAAUACUCUAUCUACUGUUUGGCUGAAUCAUUAAUAGAACCAACAUUCAUAAAAAUUGAGAUUAUACUAGGCGGAAACACGAUUGAUAUUUCGUUGUUAAAUAGAUCUGACCAGCUGACUAAACUAAACACAAAAUUAUGGGUCAGUAUUGAUCAGAUGGUGGCAAGAUGCUGAGGUCAUGUCUAUGUCUGCGUGGAACUAAAGAAGAUAUCAAGGAGCUGGACUUCAGACAUUGCAACCUGCAUUCAGUACCAGAGGAGGUAUAUGACUUUGAGUUAUCAUUAGAAGAACUUUACCUCGACUCAAACAACAUCAAGGAUCUUACAGUAUCACUGUUUCAUUGCCAACAACUGAGGAAGCUUAGUGUAAGUGAUAAUGAACUGUAUUCUGUGCAGAGUGGGAUUGCUAGCUUGAUACUCUUACAGCAAUUGGAUCUGAGUAAGAAUGGUAUUGUUUCCAUCCCAGAGAACAUUAAAUGUUGCAAGAAUUUAUCUGUCAUUGACCUGAGUGUGAAUCCACUGGGGAAGUUGCCAGAAGGAUUCACCCAUUUAACAAAUUUAACACAGUUGUAUUUGAAUGACACUAUUUUGAAAUACUUACCAGCAAACUUUGGCAAGCUAACCAAGCUUACUGUGUUGGAAUUGCGAGAAAAUCAUCUUCGUUCUUUACCAAAGACAAUUUCCAAGUUGACAGAGUUGGAAAGACUAGAUAUUGGCAGUAAUGAAUUCCGAGAUCUUCCUAAAGAAGUUGGAGACCUUACAAAGUUAACAGAACUGUGGAUUGAUGCAAAUAAGAUCACAGAGCUACCUACAGGUCUUGGAGGCCUAACACGCCUUGUCUUCUUUGAUGCUUCCUCAAACCGUCUGGAGUAUCUACCAGCAGACAUUGAGAACUGGGAGUCCCUUACAGACCUUCACCUCUCAAAGAAUUAUCUACAGGAACUUCCAGAAAACAUGGGCAAAUUGAGUCGUCUAAAAACAUUGAAAGUGGAUGAAAAUGAGCUUGCAUUUUUACCAUUCUCAAUUGGUGGUCUCGUUUCCAUUGAGGAGCUUAUUCUGAGCUGCAAUGAUCUGGAGGAACUACCACCAAGCAUUGGUCUUCUUCGACAGCUUAGUCAUCUCAACGUUGAUGAGAAUCUUCUGGCCUACAUUCCACCAGAGUUGGGUAGCUGUGGUCAUAUCACUGUGCUAUCUUUACGUUCUAACCGGUUGAAAACUGUACCAGAUGAGCUAGGACGUUUGUCACGUAUGACAGUACUUAACUUGAGUGAUAAUCGCCUACUCUACCUGCCAUUCAGCUUCACCAAGUUGAAAGCCAUUCAAGCCUUGUGGUUGGCUGAAAACCAGUCUAAACCUCUUCUACAACUGCAAUCUGACAUUCUACCAGAGAGAGGCUACAAGGUGUUAACAUGUUUCUUGUUUCCCCAACAACCUAAGGCUCCAGAAGAAGAUAUUUAUCAGAGUGAUGCAGAGAGUUUCCAUGCUUCCAUCUGGGAACAAAAACGUCUGUCAAACAUGAAGAUAGCAUUUGAUGUUGCUGAGCUAGAUAAUCAGUCACAGGUGAGCAAAAAGUCACCUAAUCCUUAUCCAAAGGAAUCUGGGAAGUCUCUGAAGAAAGCAGUGCCAAAUGGAGAUGUGUCUGACUUUGAACGUCCUAGUAGGAGACAUCGUAGUAAUGGGAGUGCUCAUCUUAAAGAGAAACAAUUAUGGUCAGAUGGCAAUUCAAAGAAUGACCGAGGGUUACAGUUAUUCAAGGCAGAUCGUAAGAAACGCAAGCAAGAUAAAGAACGUUUUGGCCGAGGUUCACUGGGUCCUCGUACAGGAGAAAGUGAUACAGAAUUUAUUGCUAUGCAGAUGAGAGAAAGCUUAAAGAAGAAUUCUAAGAGUAAGAGUCGUCGAGGAUAUUCAAGUGAUACAGACAGUUUUCUGAAAAGCUCACCUUCACAUUCGGAACAUCAACAAUUUAAGAAAAUUAUUAAAAAGGAAUUAAUAACAGAGGCUGAUGAGGAGGUUGCAAUAAUCAAUGCUGGGACUGAUCAAACAGAUAAUCAAAGUGAUAAAUUAAUUAGCAAAUCACCCGAGAAAAAGGUGAAUGUCCAUGUUAGCAGUAACACACCUGUAAGAACACAAGGUUUUUCAGAAAUUCCUAUUUCUAAGACAUUUCCUGUUGCAGAGCAGUUAAAACCACAAAGGGGGCUAAGGCGGUCUGGUUACAGUACAGACCCUGAAUAUAAUCCCAAGUUACAUCAACAAAUGUUGGAUACUGAACUUAAAAUUAGAGCUAAAGAUGAUCACCAUCUGAAAAAACCUAAAAAAUUUAUGCAACGUCGGGAUUGGCAACAUAUAACACGGACCAAUGAGGUAUGGAUUGAUGGCUUUACCGGUGCUCCAAUUGAAGGGCCUUCUACACAGAAUCAACCAGAUACUCACAAUGGUAAUGUUGAACAUCUAAGUUCUCAAGCAAAUCGUAACCAAAACAGUAGCACAACUUAUUGGUCGAACAGUCAUACUGAACCCUAUUCAUCAUCACAGUCAAAUUUAAGUAGAUCACGACAACAUAUACCAAGUUAUGAGGAUGUGAUGCGUAGUAGAGAUGUCGUGGCAUAUCAAAGAAGUUCCACAAAGGGUGAACAAGAACGAAUGAAGAGUGAUGCUUUAGACAUUGGUUCCUCUAGGAAUGAUUUCAGACCCAUGUCACAAAAUAUGUCAUCCAGUAAUUCACAGAUUUCACCAGACAAAAUGUCAAGUCAACCAAUGACAAAAAACCUGUUGCACCAACCAAUGACUAAUGAAAGAUUAGAACAGAGGAACUUUACCUCAUAUGAACCUUGCAGAAGGGCACAUGCUAAUGAAAGAUUACUUAAUGGAAAAGAGACAAAUGAAGGAAAUUAUGACAGAACUAACUCAAUGCCACAUGACCAAAGAUUCAGGAACCAGUCCUCUUCAAUGCAAGAUGAUAACACAAAGGGUGAUGAUAAUGUCUUCAGGUCUAACCUUGCUCAUGUUGAUAUGCCAUCUUCUCCAAGUCAGCAAGAUUUCCCUUCACCACCAGAGUCGCAGCAACAUGAGCUUAAUGACUAUGUUGUAAAUGUCAAUGUUGGACGGUAUAUUGAUGGUGCAAGAUAUGGAGGCCCACCCAGACCAAACCAACUUAAUGUCAGGUCCAUGGAAUAUUUUGACAGUUCACUAGUUGCCAACAAUAAGCCUGGCAAGAACUAUGUAGAACCGAGACCUGUCAGAAAAACUGAUGUACAAAAGAAAGUGGAAGAUAAGUCCCACUCCCCACAUUCCACCAGGCAGAUGGAAGCAAGUUUCCACUCCCCACAUUCUGCAAUGCAAUGGGGUGGUAGCUCUCAGUCUCUGCACUUGUCCAGGCAUACAGAUGGUAGCACAUAUUCAGUGCAUUCUACAAGUCAUAUGGAUGGCAGUUCACCAUAUUUAACCAGGAAGGUGAAUGGUAGCACUAUUUCUCCACAUCUAGUCAAGAGAAUAAAUACCAGCUCAAGUUCACCACAUUUAAUUAGAAGAAUGAAUGACAGUUCACAUGAGGCAAAGCAAAGAGAUGAACAAAAUCUCAAAGCUGCUGGCCACCAGCUAACUGUCAUCAUUCAUAAAAAACCAGGUUUAGGCUUCAGUAUUACGGGUGGUCUAAACUCGCCUGGAAAUCCAUUCAAACAUGGGGACCAGGGUAUAUUUGUAACCAAAGUUCAACCAGGUGGAGCGGCAGAUGGGCAUCUUCAACCAGGUGAUAAAAUUAUUCAGGUAAACCAGGUAAACUUUGAAAACAUCACUCAUGAAGAUGCUGUUGCACUGUUGAGAAACAACAAUCCAGUUACACUGUUGAUAAGCAGAGAAUGACCAUAUAUGGCCGUUAAUUCACUUUGUUAAUUGGUUUCCUUUGUCAAUUGGUCCUGUGAUCAUGAUUAAAAAUGACAUAAUUUUUAGUGGAGCCUCCGUGUGACCAUUUUAAUUUUCUGAAGAAACCUUCACUAUGAUGAUAUACAUAUGAAAUGAUGGCAUUACAGUAUUAAGAAUAAGAAGAGUUUGCUGUAACAAAUCCCUUUGAAAUGUCAAACCAUGUAUGUAGUUAAAUUUAUAUAAUGCUUAAUACUGAGGUCUCUAUGCGCUGAGUGAACCAAAAGGAAAAAAGGGAAAAACUAAACCAAGAUCUAUCCUAAAGCUAACCAAAAAACCAAAAAGAACAACACAAGCAGAGGAACCAGAAUGACCGCUGCACCAUUCUCCUGCAAUUUAAAUACUACUUGCAAGUAGUAGUUGGCAGGCUCAUAAGUCACAGGUGUACAAAUGAAACUGCCAUUUGACUUUCCUAGCCUAAAAAAACAAACGAAAAAGGCAAAAGAAAAAAAAAUGUAGGAGAGGCUAAAAAAAUGUGUUCCUUACUCUCUUGGUGAUUCCACUUGAUGGAGAUGUUACAUAGAGGACUCUGGCAUUAAUCGUUUUCAAAAUAAGUCAUCUAAUAGAAUACUGUAAUAACAGGAUUAAUAGUAUAGGAUUACACAUCAUGUCUAAAGCACUAGUUUGAUCAUCUUCAAUCUAUGAGGUUAUUUAUUUUUAUGAGUUUACAUACUUUUCAUUAUAUAAAAGUACAGAUCCUAUAUAGGAAGGAAAUCGGUCAUUAUUUAUAUGCAAGUUCAAUGAUUUCAUUAUGUAAACGCAAGGAAAUGGAAACUAAUAUAUAAAAAUAAUAAAAGGUAACUAAGAAUUAUUUAUGUAUAUGUUUACUUAUGUUGUUUGUAUAAAUAAUGAAAAAAAAAAAAGGAAAAAAGAAAAAGGGAGAGUUGCCAGUUUGAUGAAACCACUAGGAUACUGGUGAAACGUCACUGAAAAGUGAGUAACACUUAACUUUGAAAUUUGGAAUAAAAAUAGACUUUAUACAAACAUUGUAUUGUAUCCCCUCAUUUGCAUUCUGUAGCAUAUUUUUUGUAAUCAUUUUCAAAUGUUUUCUCAUUCCUGAAGAUGAUGACCAAGUAAAAGUCGAUUCAUUGACUCAUGACCUCCCUCAUUUUAUGUAAUGUACACUAUUUUAUAUUUUUUAUGGGUUAUGUUUAUGACCAAUUUGUUAUGUGUUUCUAAUGGAUACAAGAAGCAGUGGCAUACCUUAGGGUGCGUAGGGGUGGGGGAUGCUCUCCGGUUGAUGGAACUCUGUCUUACUCGCAUCUCAUUCAUUAAAUUUUAUAUAAUUUGAGGAAUGAUUUGGCAUACUCAGUCAUUUAAUAUCCCUUUUUAGAAAAUAACAAUUUUGUGCUCGUUUGUUAUGUAGACGCAUGUGCAUCGCUCUGCCUUGGCUUAGGGACAGGCCAUUGUAAUGCACAGGUUUAGGAUGAAUCCUGUGUCGUUUGUGAAGCUACUCAUAGCUUCAAUGCGCAGUGUGGGGACGUUAUUUUUUACUGAAGCCUUCCUAUUAAAUUUUAUGCAGCAUUAACAGAAAAAUGUACUUUAUAUACAUUUUAUUUCUUUUUUAAAAUAACUUAAAUUUAAAUUUUAUAUUGUAACGAAAAUGGGUUCACCCAUGUUUUAGUACCUCCUAUCAUAAUAAACUUGACUACCCGAAGAAGUUUCACCUUAUUGGUUAAUGUGAUGCAUGAGAUGUUUUUGGGGGACAUUCCAGAGAGAAAAAAAAAAGAUGCACUUGGUAUCUGGACUUCCAAGAAAUAGAUAGGCCUACUUCUAAAUUAUGAAUACAGUAUUGAAUUGUACGGUACAACUACAAGUUAUCUCCGAUAUAUUAUGUGAGUAUAAUAAAUUAGUCUGUUGGCUCUCUGGAUAGAGAA